UCUAGCGCAAGAGCUAGGCUGGCAGGCUGGCACGACGUCUCCAGGAUUCCAGGGUGAAGUGAGAGAAAAGGCAUCGGGUGAUAGGACGGGCACUGGUAUAUUCCAUAUUCACCUCGGGGCCAACUAGGUAGCUGCUACCUAGCUCAAAUGGCAGGGCCCAUUUCCCCUCCUGGUACAAUUGCCGCCCGACGUAGCGGAUCUGAGUCGUAACCGCACGUUCGUUGCAAGGCAACUCUAGGUGAAGUUUGUUUGGGAAACUUCCAUUUAAGCACCCCAGCCUGCCCGCUCUGUUCUUGUCGCUUUCUUAGGGCCACUGCUUGUUUACCCUUGGCUUUUUGGCAUAGACACAGACAAGACAAGACAAGACAAGACAGAAACACAACCGCAGCAAUCGACACUGCAACAUGUCGGAACUCGAGCCAAAGCACCAUGCGGCCGGCGUCGAAAAGGCCGAAGCAGGCCUGACGGAGAAGGAAACCGCGAGCAGCAAUGCAGUACUGGGCGACCACGAUCUCUUGCAGAAUGCCUACGAGGGAGAGAACCGUGAACACGCCAUGGGGGCUUGGGAGGCUGCUAAGCUCCACCCCAUGGCUUGCUUUUGGGCGUUCAUCUUCUGCUUUACAAUCGUCAUGGAAUCGUUCGACAUGUUCUUGAACGGCAACUUCGUCGCGCAAACCGCCUUCAAGGAGCGGUAUGGUGUGUUGCACAACGGGAAGAAAACCAUCGAGACCAAGUGGCAGAGUGCUCUCUUCCAGUCUGGCCAAUGCGGUGCCUUCGUGGGUGUGUUCCUUGCCGGACCUAUCACCAACCGUCUCGGCUACCGUUGGACUUGUAUCAUCGGCCUUAUCCUUAUGAACGCCACCAUUUUCGUUUCCUUCUUUGCUCAAUCGCUUGAAGUCCUCACUGUUGGCCAGGCUUUGGAGGGUGUCCCGUGGGGCAUAUUCAUCGCGAACUCUCCCGCGUACGCCUCGGAAGUCGUCCCAAUUCCUCUCCGUGGCGUCGUUACUGCGACACUUCAGAUGAGUUGGUCGAUUGGAGGUAUCAUUGUCGCCGGUGUCACGUAUGCUACCAACAAGCGAACGGACGAGUGGGCAUGGCGACUACCCCUCGCUCUUCAGUGGCUCUUCCCCACCCCUCUUUUGCUUAUCAUCUUCUUCGCUCCCGAAUCCCCAUACUGGCUCGUUCGCAAGGGCCGCAAGGAGGAGGCGCUUAGGUCCGUCCAACGUCUCGGCCGCAAAUCAUCCCAGAGCGACCAAGAUACACUGGCGAUGGUGGAACGAACCGUAGAGAUUGAGCGCAAGAUGGGCGGAACCCCGACUCUCAUGGACCUCUGGAAGGGUGUCGAUCUCAGGCGAACAUUGAUCAUCUGUUUCAUGUACGCAUCCCAGAACUUUGCCGGCAAUUUGAUUGCCAACCAGGCCACUUUCUUCUUCGAGCAGGCCGGCAUGUCGACCGAUUUCUCCUUCCAGCUCAGUUUGAUCAACUCCUGUCUCGGUUUGGUCGCCAACAUUGGCUCCUGGUUCCUUACCGCCUGGUUCGGUCGCCGUGACAUCUACCUCUACGGAACGGCCGUCAACGUCACCUUCCUCGUCCUCCUCGGAGUCUGCGCCUCGAUCCCCCAGAACAGCGCGACCAACUAUGCCCAGGCCUGCUUGGGAGUCAUCAUCUCCUUUGUCUUCGCCGGUGCCAUGGGCCCCAUCACAUACACCGCUAUCUCUGAGACCUCGGCCGUCCGCCUUCGAGCCCUCAGCACGGGUGUCGGUCGCGCCGCCUACUACGUCGCUGAGAUCCCCAUGAUCUACCUCGCCUCGCAAAUGCUCAACCCCACGGGCUGGAACAUCGCCGGAAAGUGCGGAUACAUCUGGGGCGGAACCGCGCUCAUCUGCUGGAUCAUCGCAUACUUCUUCUUCCCCGAACUCAAGGGCCGCUCCUACCGUGAGGCCGACAUCUUGUUCCACCGCAAGAUCCCCGCCAGGAAGUUCAAGUCCACCAUCAUCGAUGUCAGGGAGAACGAGUAAGGCGAUUCGCAUCUUUCCUUGCGGCUUGUCGAAGCGUUGGCGCGGCGUCGUUUGGCAUGACGUGUCGCGUGUACCGUGCAACUCUUUUGUUCUGUAGAUGACGGUCUAGCGAUGAUGAUGCAUCAUGUAUCGUCCGAUUUCAAGACUGCAUCAAUGAACAAUC